CGAGGGUCGGGCUCUGAUAAGGAGAUAAGGACACUCGAGUGUGGACGAUAUUACAUGGAUUAUGGUUUCCUUGUAUUUACUUUCUAAACCACCAUGUUGACAGAGGACGUUGGCGACGAGGACUGACCGUGAUGUUACGUCACUGGCACACCAGAUGUCGAGGACGGCCUCGUCUGGACGUGUUUUACUGUAGACAGAAGACAUUUCAGGAAACAACGUAAGGAACUUGCUGGAAGGAGCAUUUGAACAUAUUCAAAAAAUUGGAUGGCAUCGUCAUUUCAACACAAUGUUGCAUCUAUGUGCCGCGAGGAGUCGCUAUUAGUAUCGGAUACUGGUCAAUGUAAUCUCCCGCCUGUCAUUGAGUGACGUCAUUACUACGUCAGAGACGAUUCAAACGAACGUUACGCUCACAUAUGAAUGACGCCAACAUCUCUAUCGGCAGGAACUGGUCCGCCUGUAUAUUGCACACGUCGGCGCUCAGAUCUGAGAAUGACACCGACUCGGCUACAAAACAGUUCCCCGACGACGCGGAUUUACCAGAAGGUGCCGAAAUAUUUCUAGGCCUGCUCCUAGUAUGCAUGAUAGUAAUAAGUUUCCUGGGAAACUCUGUGGUGUGUUUUAUCGUUUAUCAAAAGUCGGCUAUGCGGUCAGCCAUUAAUCUUCUUCUCACCAAUAUGGCGUUCAGUGACAUAUGCACAGCGACCUUCUCCAUGACGUUUUCGUUCUCAGCAUUGUUCUGGAAGGAGCACAUUCUAGGUCCAGAGUCGUGUAAGGUAAUGCUCUUCCUGUUGGACACGUUUGUGUCUGUGAGUGUCUUCAUGAUCCUCACCAUCAGCAUGGACCGAUAUAUGAUCAUUGUCCAGCGAAAAGACCGACUAACAACGUGUCGAGCCAAGAUGCUGAUGAUCACGUCGUGGCUCGUUUCUAUGGCGAUGGCGUUUCCGUCGACAGUUGGAUGGGGUGACUACAAAUUCGUCCGAAGUCAUACAAUUUGUCGUCUCACAUUUGACGGUCAAGCAAAUGAUGUUGGUUUUAUGAUUCUCAAGCUGUGUGUAACAUAUUUCCUCCCUGUCGUGGUGAUGACAUUCUCGUUCAUACAAAUAUUAGGGGCUGUUCGUAAGAACAAAUGCAGGGUUCACAACCACCCGAACAUGGAUUUCAGUGUCAGUGUUAUCAGUAACAAUGGAAGGCUUGGUAUACCUGUCUUACAAAGGUCGUUUAGGGUAAGCCUCGAUAUGAGUUUUAAAACCAGAGCAUUCAAAACCAUCCUCAUACUCUUUAUCACGUUUGUUCUGUGUUGGACACCGCACGCGCUAAAUACAAUAAUUUCCCAGUACCAGGGGACGGUUAGCAGGACGAGACACUUGAUUCUCUUGUGGGUAGGAUAUGCAAAUAGUGCUAUAAAUCCCAUAAUUUAUAGUAUUAGGAUAAAAAAAUUCCGUCAGACGUGUGGUAUGUGGUUCCCCAGUCGACUUAAAGCGCGGACGAAUAUGACAAGUGUUACUAAGCGUAGGGUUAACCCCAGCGCAAUGUACGAGUUCCAGGAACCGUCCAACACAUCCAACUGACCAAUCGGAACUGUAGGCUUUUACCAAAAAAGAUAUGCGUUUCAGGUUUCUCUACCCUUAGUUGUUGACUCCAUCGAAAGCGGCUAUUUAACCAAGGACACAAUAUGUCUAACUAUCUGAUCAGAGUGUUGAGUUUAUCAAAAUCAUUUUUAGAGAAAACUUACUACAAUACGUUUGUUUGUUACCGUGCGUGUCUUGACAAGAACCCUGAUAAGUCUAAACAACGUUAUGAAGGUUUGUCCUUUGCUUUCCUGCCACUUCUUUAUUUUUGUACAUGAUCGGCACAUAAUGUAAUACACUUUUUGUUUUGGUGACUUUGAUUUGAAAUGCUCUCUUCAACAUUUGUCGCAGAAGUUGAGUUAUAAAGAUAUCUGGGUUUAAUAUGUGAUGUA